GCGUUCAGGAAUUCACUUCUGGGUUCCUAUUAGACUCUAAACGGGAUUUUUACCGCCUGCUGCUGGCAGCUCCGCGUUAAAUACAACACCCAGCCGUCUGGUUUCAGAGUCUCGGAAACGUUUACAAGUUUAUUUUGAGUUGGAGACGAUUCACACUGCACCAUGUCUUCUUCUAACGUGAGCCUGACGGACAUGAGGAGGAAUGUGGAGCAGCUGAAACUGCAAGCUGGUGUAGAGAGAAUAAAGGUGUCUCAGGCCGCAGCAGAGCUACAGCAGUACUGCCUACAGAAUGCCUCCAAAGAUGCCCUCCUGGUCGGGGUGCCAACAGGCAGCAACCCUUUCCGAGAACCACGUUCAUGUUCCGUCUUUUAAGCAAAAGGGAUCGUGUUGGUGGAUUCCUGGAUAUCUUUUACAGCCCAAAGAUGCAGCAUGAACUUUCAUUCAUGUUUGUUUCUAAAUCAGCAUGGUCUUUUUAUUAAUGAAUUACUGCGUAACAUGAUUAGAGAGUGUUGUAACAUUUAUGCUAUGAACCAUCUCCAUGACUUUUAAAAUAUCUAGUGCAUGUACAUCAUGAAAUACUCACAAAAUGUGUGUGGUUUAUAUAUAUAUAUAUAUAUAUAUAUAUAUAUAUAUAUAUAUAUAUAUAUAUAUUAAUAUAAACAUUGAUCUUUGAUUGUGUGCCUUUUGGACUUCUGUGGUAGUUCUGUACAUUUUUUUUUUUUUAAGUUUACUUUAAUUUAAUUAAUAAUUAAUUUCUAUGCACUCAUAGAGAGUACUAUGCUGUCUUGGUGGCUUAUAAAACCAAAAUUGAGUAAGAUGAGAACUAUUUCAGUCUCGACAGAUUUGCUCAUAUAUGCACUAAAGGAAUCUAAUCGGAAUAAGCUGUACAUGUGAUAUUUGAUAUUUUUUUUUCCGAUAAAGCUGAAUUGUUUCUCUUA